CAAGGAGCGAGCAAUGUGAGUUGGCACGCCACCCCCACCUCCCCCCAACCAUCCCCUCGAUGCAUUGGAAAAAAAUUGAGUUCUUCGAGGUAACUCUGAGUUGAGCCUCAUCCGAUUCUCGUUCAGUGGCUCAACCAUGGAUUUCGCAAAUCCAGCCAUGUUCAAUGCCGGAAUCGAGCAGCUGUACCCAGAUGCCGAAAAGGCUGGAGAUAUCAGACCAUCCAAGGGACUCAACGUACUGCUCGUUCCAAAUAUCGGGUCUGGAACUGUGCAAAAAUGGUCCAAAAAUAUCAAUGACAUUCCCUGGCCGAUUCGUCUGUUUCCAGCGCAGUCGGAUGGCGUCAGGGUGCUGCAGUUUAAAUAUAAUGCAGAGUUUAGCCGUCAAUUCUCCUGGAUCAGUUAUAUCGAUUUGGGAAGGGAGCUCCUAGAGUGUCUUCUCAACAAUGCCUCUACAUAUCAGCUAUGGAGCUACCCAUUAUUGAUAGUGGCUCACGGAUUUGGUGGAAUACUCGUCAAGAAAGUGGUCUCGCUGCUCUGUGACGGGAGUUUUGACCCAUCCCUCCGGAGGCUAUUGGACACUAUCAAAGGACUUGUCUUCCUGGGAACUCCGCAUCCGAUCUCAGAGGGAGCUGAAUCAAAACAGCAAUUAGAUGAGCUUGUAUGCUCAUAUGGCCGCUUCUCGACAGACACUAUACGAAAAGUCAACGAGGAAAUUGCGGCUUUAUGGACAGUUUCCUCCAAAUUCGAAAAGAUUUCAUUUGCACAGGCUAUUUUGUCGGGUUUCGAAACUCUUCCCACGCGCUACCAUUAUGGCACUUUCAUUACGCGUCGAAAGAAAGUGCUUGUCGGCCAAUCUCUGGCGGCGACCUGCUUGCCGUCUGAGAAAUUGAUCGGAAUCAGCGCAAACCACAGAGAAGUGUGCAGUGUGCUCGGUGGGUCAAGGAUCCAUGAUGCCGUCACUGAACUCACCACAAGUCUGUUGGAAUUUUCAGAGGAUGUGACAAGCGAUCCAGGUUUGAGAGAGUCGCUACAAACUCCAAAUAGUGCCAAGAUGUGGCUAAAUACUCCCACUGCCUCAGAAAUCGAUCCUGCAAAAGCUCCGCAAAGCAAAAGCGGACUCGCCAGCCCACAAGUAUCUCUCCAGGUAACGGUAGGCUCGGAUGAUCUCUCUGGUUAUGAGAUCCUUCCAGCCAAAGGGGGACCUGUCAGCGAGAUUCCAGCCGUCAGGCUUCCAUGCUAUAUUUUUGAGAAGGAUCAUCCGCCAGGGGAAUGCUACGGUCGAAUGAAAAUACUGGACCAACUAGAUGAGACUUUACUCCCACCAAAAACCGGCGGGAAACCGUCGGCGGCGGCAGAUCGUGUUCGAUCAUUUGCCCUCUGUGGCCCUGGUGGAAUCGGAAAGACCCAGAUUGCCGCGGAAUUUGUCAUGACUCGAAAGGCCGCCUUCGAUGCGGUCUUUUGGGUGAAUGCAGAUAACGAAGUCAAGCUCGCCGAGAAUUUCAACCAUAUCGCUGCGAAAUUAGGGUUAGUCAACGAACUUGACCAAGGCGGCGCCGUUGUCAGCCGAGACCGGGUCUUAGAAUGGCUCAACAGUCCAUCUAAACACGGGAGGAGUGAUUCCAACUAUGAUUUCGGAGUCAAAGAGGAGAUUGCCAAUUGGCUUCUGGUGUUCGACAAUGCAGAUACUCCAGAGAUACUUGCAGAGUACUGGCCUGUUGCUGGCGUUGGAUCAAUUCUGGUCACCAGUCGCGACCCAGUGGCUAAAACGCAUUUUUACUCUUCUGGCGGCAUAGACCUGGAACCGUUCGAUCGUAUCGAAUCGGCAAAAUUUCUGCAAACUCUGACCGGGAACGACAAUGAGGCAGAUUAUGAAGAAGCUUUGGUAUUAGCUGAUCGCUUAGAUGGACUGCCUCUAGUCCUCGUUCAAGUGGCAUCGGUCCUCCAACAACAAGAUCUCUCGUUCAGUGAGUUCCUUAGCUUGUACAACGACCCAAGAUUUUUAGCAGACGUUCACACUACGGUGAUUGCCGGGCUACGUGAAAAGAAUAAGCGAGCGCUCCUUAACGUGUGGCAAUUCGAAAAUCUCCCGGGCUCCGCACAGCGAUUGCUCGACCUGAUCACCAUGGCAGAUCCCGAUGCCAUCCCGGAAGUCAUCUUCAUUCAUCCCGACCUCGAAGGCUUGUCCGCAGAUGUCCCGGUCGACGCACGCACGUUUGAGGUGGCGCGAACAAGCCUGCUUCGGGGCUCCCUUAUCCGCAGAAUGAAAGAAGAGAAAUCCAUUAGAAUUCACCGAGUGAUCCAGGACGCUGCGCGGGCGAGAAUGUCACCCGAUAUGUUCAACGGCGCUUUCAAGUCUUUUGCUGAAUUGGUGCACGCCACAUGGCCUCGCGGGGCUUUUAAUAUGAGCCACGAAGUCCAGUAUUGGACGCUUUCCGCCAGGCUCCUGCCGCACAUUGAACAGUUGAGGCAGAUAUACUUGGCUCAAGAUCACAGGAACAGGCUCAAUCUUGCGUCUGUGCACUUUGGGAAACUGCUCAUCGACGCAGCGUGGUAUCAUAUGGAAAGAGGGAAUCAUCCCAGCAUGCUCCCAUUUCUAGAAUGUGCCGAGACUGUACUCACAGCUGCGGGUCUUGGAUCAUCUAUGUCAAUGGCUCUAUGUCAUUUCUGCUUCUCUGCCAGCUUGCAGUGGCUGAGGAACUCAGAUAAGGUUCGAUAUCACUGCGAACAGAGCAUCCGCAUAAGCCUACUGAAUCGCGAUGAUGACAAUCUGGCCACUGCGUAUACUGAGCUCGGAACGCACUAUCUCGCGGUAAACAACUAUGAACAGGCACUGGAGUUUUCCAAGCGGUCUAUCGACAUUCAGAACACAUUUUUAAAUCAAGUGACGGAUCCAGCGACGAUCAAAAGUGCGCGGUACCUGGCCACGUUUCCCAAAUGCCAUUCUGCCUAUGCACUGAUUGGCCUAGGACGCCCGGAUGAGGCAGAAGAGCUGCUUAGACCCCUUGUAAAUUGGUAUGAUAGGGAAUGGGGCCUACUAAACAAUCGAUCAUACAAAACUGGAAUGGCAAUCCGUGCUUUAGCAAAUACCCUGGCCGCCCAGAAUCGCAUGGAAGAAAGUUUUGAGCUCCAGGAACUCGCCCUGCGACAGUAUCGACUGACCAUCGGAGAUAAUCAUCCCCAUACGGCUGGUACGAUGCUCAAAGUGUCCGACCGCUAUGUCCAGCUUGGAAACCUUGAUAUCGCAAAUGCUCUGCUCGAUGAAGCCUUGAAAGUAUGGAGUAACCGUCCAUAUUUCCGACCCGAAAAGGCGUGGACAUUAUACAAGAAAUCGUGUAUUGUGCCAGCGGGCGACAUUUCGACGGUCAAUGAUUUAUGUGCCCAAGCGCAAACGCUUCUAAGAAGCUUUGCGGAAGAUAUGAAACUCACGAUAAUCACCGGUCCAUCCGGCGAAAUUGAAUACCAGAAUUAUGUGAUGUUCUAUUUCCGCUGA